CGGAAUCCGUAACUACUAAUCAAGUUCUCCUUCACCCUCCACCUCGUCUACGUUCCCUCCUUCCACCUCGUUCCUGAGACUCUAACCCCAUUCAACCCAGAUCGACAGCCGAGAGCUCUCCGUCGGCGAAACCCCAGGCAAAACCUCGGCGAUAUCCUCCGCGCCCUUCUCCCCGCAACCCUGGCAGUGCGGGAUUUCGCCGAAAUCGCGGAGAAUCUAUGGAGAUUCAUCGUAUGACGAUGCACAAGGGUCUGCUCUGAGCAGGACAUCACGAACGAAGCAGCAGCAAGCAGCAGCAGCAGCAGCAGCAGCAGCAGCGCAAGCGACAUAUAAAGCGCCCUGCACCACCCCGGUGGCAAGACUCUCGAAGGCCAUCCAUCCAGAGCAUCACAAUGAAGCUCACCACCACCACCACCCACCUGGCGCUUGCCACCGGCGCAGCAGCCUCCUAUCACCUGGACACCACCGCCCCGCCCCCGACCAACCUCAGCACCCUCCCCAACAACACCCUCUUCCACCUCUGGCGGCCGCGCGCGCACAUCCUCCCCGCCGAGGGCCAGAUCGGCGACCCCUGCGCGCACUACACCGACCCGGCCACCGGGCUCUUCCACGUCGGGUUCCUGCACGACGGCGAGGGCAUCGCCGGCGCGACCACGGCCAACCUGGCCACGUACACCGACACCUCCGGCAACGGGAGCUUCCUGAUCCAGCCCGGCGGGAAGAACGAUCCCGUCGCCGUGUUCGACGGCGCCGUCAUCCCCGUCGGCGUCAACAACACCCCCACCCUGCUGUACACCUCCGUCUCCUUCCUGCCCAUCCACUGGUCCAUCCCGUACACCCGCGGCAGCGAGACGCAGUCGCUGGCCGUCGCGCGCGACGGCGGCCGCCGCUUCGAGAAGCUCGACCAGGGCCCCGUCAUCGCGGACCAUCCGUUCGCUGUCGACGUGACCGCGUUCCGCGACCCGUUUGUCUUCCGUAGUGCGAGGUUGGAUGCGUUGCUUUCCUUGGACGAGGAGGUGGCACGCAACGAGACGGCCGUGCAGGACGCCGUCGACGCCUGGACCGAGAAGAACGCCCCCUGGUAUGUGGCUGUCUCCGGUGGAGUGCACGGUGUGGGGCCCGGCCAGUUCCUCUACCGCCAGAACGCCGGCAAUGGUUCCGAGUUCCAGUACUGGGAGUACCUUGGCGAGUGGUGGCAGGAGGCUACUAACUCCAGCUGGGGUGCGGAGGGCACCUGGGCCGGGCGUUGGGGGUUCAACUUCGAGACGGGCAAUGUGCUCUUCCUCACGGACGAGGGCCAUGACCCCAAGACUGGGGAGGUGUUUGUCACCCUGGGCACUGAGGGGUCUGGCCGGCCCAUCGUGCCGCAGGUCUCCAGUAUCCACGAUAUGCUGUGGGCGGCGGGUGAGGUCGGGGUAGGCGGUGAGGAUGGCGCCAAGGUCGAGUUCUCCCCCUCCAUGGCCGGGUAUCUGGACUGGGGGUUCAGUGCCUACGCUGCGGCGGGCAAGGUGCUGCCGGCUAGCUCGGCGGUGUCGCAGAACAGCGGCGUGGAGGUCGACCGGUAUAUCUCGUUCGUCUGGUUGACGGGCGACCAGUACGAGCAGGCGGACGGGUUCCCCACGGCCCAGCAGGGGUGGACGGGGUCGCUGCUGCUGCCCCGCGAGCUGAAGGUGCAGACGGUGGAGAACGUCGUCGACAAUGCGCUGGUGCGCGAGGAGGGCGCGUCCUGGGUUGUGGGCGAGUCGAACAACAAGACGGCCACGCUGCGCACGCUGGGGAUCACGAUCGCACGGGAGACCAAGGCGGCGCUGCUGGCCAACGGCUCGGUGACCACGGAGGAGGACCGCACGCUGCAGACGGCGGCCGUCGUGCCGUUCACGCAAUCGCCGGGCUCCAAGUUCUUCAUGCUGACGGCGCAGCUGGAGUUCCCCGCGAGUGCGCGCGCGUCCGACCUCCAGUCCGGGUUCGAGAUCCUGGCAUCGGAGCUGGAGCGCACGACCGUCUACUACCAGUUCAGCAACGAGUCGCUCGUCGUGGAUCGCAGCCAGACCAGUGCGGCGGCGGCCACGAAUCCCGGGCUGGAUCGCUUCACUGAGUCCGGCAAGUUGCGGUUGUUCGAUGUGGUCGAGAACGGCCAGGAGAAGGUCGAGACGCUGGAUCUCACUGUCGUGGUGGAUAACUCCGUCGUCGAGGUGUAUGCCAACGGGCGCUUUGCCUUGAGUACCUGGGCGAGAUCGUGGUACGACAACUCCACCCAGAUCCGCUUCUUCCACAAUGGAGAGGGCGAGGUGCUGUUCAAGAAUGUGUCCGUGUCGGAGGGGCUCUAUAAUGCCUGGCCGGAGAGAAAGUGACCGGGAUGAGGGCAUGACGUGUAUGGUUGCUUAGCGUAGCACGAUUUUGGCACAAUUCAAGUACAAUUUCCAUUGUUAACACCUCGCUAUGCGGUACAUGCUGGGAACGAUUUGAGAAACAGGACCAGAAGAAGCACAAUCCAUCUAGUAGAAGCUGCUCGCCCGUGGCCGUCGCUCAAUCCCCUGCGUUGCUGGUGGGCGCUCCUGUGUCCCGAUGGUCAACGGCGC